UAUUCCCCCCGUGCCAGCCUCCAGGGCAGCCCGUGCUAUGCCUAGGAAGGAGCUGGGGAUGGCUGGCUGCAACUCUGGCAGCUGUGACAGCAUGGCCAGCACGGCCUCCAACCACUCGCAGCGGAGUGACAACAGCUAUGACUAUUUAUCUGUGGAAGAGAAGGAGUGCUUGAUGUUCCUGGAGGAAACCAUCGGCUCCCUGGAUGCCGAGGGGGACAGCGGGGUGUCCACGGACGACACCGACUACGGGGAGCCCUCCAAGCCCAGGAGAGGCCCUGUGCCCCGGGAUUUGGGGAGUGGAACUCCCCCUCCAAGCAGAGAUCAGCAGCGUGGGGCUGAACAGAGGAGCGGUAAAAGCGUCUCUGCCUCCUGCAGCCCGGCAGCUGCUCCGAGCCCAGGGAAUUCCAGCCUCCCGAGGAGCAUCCCUGCAGAAAACGGAGCUUCUGGCAGCAAGGGAAGCGUCCACACGGCGCCAGCAGGAAAACCUGCACAGGAGGUGCCCGAGGAGGGCAGGCUGGACCAAGCCAGCUCAGGAAGCCACACCAAGUCCAUGAUUAUCCAGCCUCCAGACCCUUUCCAGGAGGACCUGGAGUGGUCACGGAGCCAUCGCUCAGAUGCCAAGGAGACCAAGAUUCGGACUUCGUGGGGCCACCCGGAGAAAUCCACGCUGGAAGAGCCCCCUCAGGACCCCGACGCCAGGCGCGGGCCUCCAACUGCCCCCAAACCGCGGAGAUUGCCACCAAACAUCAUCCUGAAAACCAGCAGGAGCAGCCCAGUGCCGCCGGCCACGGAGCACAACCAGAAGGUGAGGGCAGCACCUCCAUCCUCAGCCACCUCUCACGCCAGCCCUGCCAGCGACAGCACCGCUGAGAAGGGGAGUUCGGGCCACCUCGACCCCAAGGAGAAGGAGAAAGCCCGAAGGGAGGCCCUGGAGAAGCUGGGACUGUCCCAGGACAGGAGGGAGCCCAGCGCCCACCUCCAUCCCCACCCCAGGGAGACGCCGCUCCCCGUCCCGGGGCAGCCCAGGGAGGGCUCCGUGCCGGGGAUGCGGCAGAUGGCCUUCAAAUCCAACACCCUGGAGCGCUCCGGGGUGGGGCUGGGCAGCUCCAUCAGCAGCGCCAAGGAGCAGAACGCCAGGAGCAGCAGCAGCUCCCUGGGCAAGAUGUCCUUCAUCGAGCGCCUGGCGCCCAGCUUCCUGCGCAGCAGCCGCCCCCGGCCCGCCUCCCUCGGGGCAGGGAAGGACUUUGCGGGCCUGAAGGAGCAGGAGGAGCAGGACAAGAGCAGCAAGAGGAGAUCCCACCCUCUGCCCGGCUUCUCCAGGCCGCCGCGCUCCGCCGUGAGCGUGAAGAUCUCCCCGAAGGGCGCGGCCGACGAGAACCGGCGCGAGGCGCUCAAGAAGCUGGGGCUGCUGAAGGAAUAGCUGGCGGGGCCGGUGGGAAAAGGGGGUUUUUCACCCCAAAUCCAGCGGCCUGCACUGCCUGGGACCUCGGGCACAAGCGCCUGGUGCCAUCUCCUGCGCCGGCGCCUCGGGAGAGGCGUUGGGAGCUUCACACCAAAUAGAGGAACGCGGGGUGUGCAGGGUAUUUUGUACAUAGCGGAUGCGCGUGAGCUAUUUAUACAAAGCGUCUCUCAGCACGGACGAGGUGUGUUCUCCUGCAAGGGCUUUAACGCAUCUGGGGAUUCAUCGAAACAGGGAAGCCACGGAAUUAGGGCUUUGGCUUAUUUUCAAAGGGGUUGCCUGCGGAUGAAGCGUCUCUGGGAAGAACUGCCGGACUUUGCUGCUCCUUUAGGACUUUUUGGGGGUUUUUUUUUUAUUAAUUUUAUCACAGCCUCUGAGGCCUGAGCACUCACCUGCCACGUGGAAGUGCCUCCCA